UCUCGCCGCAUCGGCCGAUCUCCCCCAUUCCCGGAUUCCCCUCCCAACUCCGUCGAUCCCACCACCGCGCCGACCUCGAUGGCCUCCGCCGCCUCCUCGGCCGCCGGCGCCGGCAAGUCGCUGUUCCAGGGCCUCCGCAGGUUCCUCAAGAAGCCGUGGGAGAUCACGGGGCCCUGCGCCUCGCCCGAGUACCGCAGCGCGCUCCCGAACGCGCUCGAGUACCGCGACAAGUGCCCGGCCACCAUCCGGGACGACCGCGACAAGGCCAUCGUGCCCACCUCCGAUCCGGAGACCGUCUACGACAUCAAGUACUUCACCCGCGACCGCCGCCGGAACCGCCCGCCCGUGCGUCGCACGCUGCUCCGCAAGCCCGACCUCGAGCGCUACAUGGCUGCCAAGCAGUUCGACCCCACCAAGGACUUCCCCGUGCCAUACGUCAACACCACCGUCGAGGAGGACGACAACACCAUUGGCGGAGGCUACCAGAAGUGAGCCAGGCAUCCAUGUUGUUGUGAUGGGACUCCAUCAGCAUCUGCACUGUUUUCAUCUCGGGUUUAAAGUAUCCCUCUCUUGUUCCCAGUGAAAAUUUUCUGGUUGUAAAAGAUGAUGGCGGCAAUAAUAUGGCACUCGUGGAGCUCACUGAAUGCACCUUUCUUGUAAGUUGUAUUCCAAGACUCUGUCUACCUGAUACGGAUGUUAUGAUUGAAUGCAAAAAAUGUAAGGUUUCCGUUCAAAUGCGAACAUCAUCUGCUUUAACUGCGAAAUUAUGAUGAUUUGACAAAAGAUGGAAUACUUCCCUCUUGUACUUCUGUACUAUGUAGAACUAUGUGCAUAUGGCUUGCAAACUCAUACCGGUACAUUUUGUA